AUGCCCACCACUCCGCCAUUCAAGAUCCUUGGCUACGGCCACACAGGAAUUACUGUCCGCUCUAUGUCAGACAGUCUUCGAUUCUGGGGGGACAUCAUCGGUCUCCCCAUAUUUUGGGAGCAAACUGUUCCUGGCGGCGUUAUCCCCGGCGAUCCAACCAACAUAAUCACAGGCGCCUCGGCGGGCACAACCAUGCACGCAACCUGGCUCGGAGUCCCACAGACUCCUCACGCCGGUGGAAGCAGCGAGCCCGCUCACAUCUCCACGCUCGAAAUAAUCGAGUAUGAGCUGCCGGCCGACAUUGCUGAGGGGCAGAGGAGCCGCAGGCUCAACCCAAGGAGCUGGGACGUGGGUGCGGCUCAUGUUCAUCUGAUCUUGCAGGGGCUCGAUGAGAUCGUGGAAAGGGUCAAGGCGGAGGGUUGGAAUCUGUACGGUGGUGUAUUUACGGUUCCGCAGGAGACACCGGGAGGGGGUUAA